UGUGAAUUGCUAGGCCCGUUUGCGCUUCUUGUGCAGGCCCUACUCGGCGUGCUGGCCCUCGGUUCCUUGGUUUGGAAACGGUACCAUGAGCACCCCCACCGAAGGCCGUGGGUGAUCUGGUUCUUUGAUGUGUCGAAGCAGGUGUUUGGUGCCCUGCUCUUGCACGUGUUGAAUCUUUUCCUCAGCAUGAUACGUCUGAAGAUCGGGAUCGCUACCAAGAAGAAGGUUUGCGAUAAUCCCUGCGAUUACUACUUCCUUAACAUUCUUUUCGAUACCACAAUUGGAAUACCGGUGUUGUACUUUUUCAUCUGGGCAAUCUCUGGCGGGUGCAUUCUGGCUGGACUGACGGGAAUCCAGUCGGGCGAGUAUGGGAGCCCGCCCCGCGUGACGAGCUACGUCAAACAGCUUGUGAUCUACAUGAUAAGUUUGAGCAUGAUGAAGAGCAGCAUCUACGCCAUCAUGGUGAGCUUUCCUAUACUUACAACAAUCGCUGUGUGGGCGCUCUCCCGCUUGGACAAAUACCCAAACCUCCAGGUGGGGUUUGUACUCUUGGUCUUUCCGCUGGUGAUGAAUGUCUUCCAAUACUACGUUGUGGACAACCUCAUUCAGAGC